GGGAGAAAACUCUGUUGCUCACUCCGUCUCCAACUUUGAGAGGAAGUUACCACCUCUUCCCCAGACUCUGUACACGCACGCUCAGGCAGACACACACGCUCUUCAGGACUUGACCACAGCAGCAACAGAGAAUCAACAGAAACAGUCAGGGCUGCUUGUAGUGCUGUGUUUUUUUUUUUAAUUUGGAGGGAAAGAGGACUAAGAUUUGCAGUUUGCCUGAGGCUUUCUGUGCGGACUGAACAGUUUCAAAGGGACGGUUUUUGUUAUCACUGACCGGGUGGCCAAAUGAACUGUUUAGCCUGAGGACCAAAGAUCACGGGGCCCUGAUCCAACAGCAAGGCAGAGAAAGAGAGAGGAGCGUUAUCCUUUUGCAUCCAUUCUCCAAACUCUCAUUACACUAUGAGCUGGGACUGAGGGCGCACUUCAAAGUUUCAUUUUGUGGUGUGAAGAAAACAAAGGCAAAAUCACCAUGGAUGUGAAGAAAACAGAAAUGGACCUCCUGAGCAACAGCAUAGCUGCUUAUGCACACAUUAAAGCAAACCCAGAGAGCUUUGGCCUUUACUUUGUGCUCGGAGUGUGUUUCGGCCUGGUGCUGACGCUCUGCCUCCUGGUCAUCCGCAUCUCCUGCAAGCCACGGACCAACAUCGCCCCCUCCACGCCUGAGAAAAAACAAUUAAAGGACAUCAGCGAGGAGGAGGAGGAGAGUGAGGAUGAUGAAGAUGAGGAAGGGGACGAGGUGGAGGCCCCAAUCCCUUUGCCCAGCACAGAGAUCCCUGUUGGUAAUCAUAGCAGCCAAUCAGAUGGGACGCUGAGUGUGAACGUAUUUACUUCAGCCGAGGAGCUGGAACGGGCGCAGCGACUGGAGGAGAGGGAGCGUAUCAUACGUGAGAUCUGGAGGAACGGCCAACCUGAUAUCCUGGGGACGGGAACGGGGACUAUUGGAAGAGUGCAUUACUACUAAGAGGCUACAAGGGAAACACUGAAAACUCUGUGAAGGAGUGACAAAGACCUUUGAGUGGGCACGGUGUCCCUGAAGCCUGCAAACCUGUGUUAGAUACAAAAUGACACAAGGAGACAGGACAAACAGUGAUGUGAUGUGCCACCUUUGAUACACUUGGCUCUGACAAAGCCAAACUUUGAGAUAUUGCACGUCUUAUGAAGCAAUGUUAUUUUCAACUGACUAUAUGAACUAAAAUCAAGAGAUUUCUUAACAACUGAUUAGUCCAUAUCGAAAAGAGGCAGUAUGAAUGUGGGAGCUGAAAGACACUUGAAGUAAUCAGUCUGUUAAAAUGUAUGGCGCUUAAGAACAGAAAUGCACACAACUUGGUUUAUGUAGGCUAUGUAUAAGUGAAAAAUGAAAAUAUAAAUAAGUACAAUGUAUGUACUGUAUGUUGCAAUGAAGAUUAUGUGUUUGCAGUGAAAAGGAAAAGGAAAUUACAUUGUUUGAACAAACACAUAUCAAUCACUUUUUUGGGUCAGAGAUUACACAUUCAAUAUAAUGCAAGGACAGUUAAAAUUGGAAAAUUUAUAAAGUACAUUAAAUCCAUGUCUAUAUUUUCAGGGUUAAUUCCACCAGCGGAAAUGGCAGAAUUAAAGUAUUAAGCUGAAAUAAUUUACUCUUGUUUCUCUUCAUAAUGCUCAAAUGUCAGACAAAUAAAAACAACAGAGCUCUUCUUCUCUGUACCUUUGGGCCAUGGAUUUAUAAUCAAGUUACAAAAAGUCUGAAAGCCGAUUUUUAUCAGUAUGAUUAAUGGAAAGGUCAUUCUUUGUCAUUUGUUAUUUCUGCUCAAUGUCUUUGUCUUAAGGUUAAAGAAAUAAAGUUUUAUAAUAAAAUGUCUGGGAACUCA